UUUGAAGUUUUGGGUGGAGACUGAACAAAAGCUCAGAGCCAAACAGCGACUAAGAACACUGCUGUAGUUUAAGCUGAAAGGGUGUCUGGUAUCAUGGCUGAAAGGUUCUUUAGAUUCCUCCUCCUCACAGUUUUCCUCAAUGGACUGGAUGCAUCAAGACCAGCCAUAAACCAGGAGCUUUCCAACUUGUUCAAUGAGCUGUGGAGGUUGGAUGUGAAUCGCAUGAAGCCUGGAACAGACUACACAAUCUCUGUUCAGGGUCAAGCAGGCUUCGUAAGCCAGGGUAGCCAUGUAGUACAGGAUCACGCCUCACAGCCUCUGUUCUCAAAUGUUAGUGAGAGCAAGCUGAGAAACAUCACCACCUUCUCUCACUUCAUGAACCUCCUGGACAACUAUGAGUGGUCUACAGGUGUGACAGAACAAGUCUCAACAGAGGAGCUGAGAGAAAUAAAUCUCUUCCUGGAUGCUGUUUUACAGACGCAAGUCAUGAAGCGGGCGCAUCAGUAUCUGGUGAGCAAAGGACAAUCCAGCUCUGACUUGAGGUUGUUUAAGAAUCAGCUCAACUUGAUCUGGUUCCAUCUCUACCACCGGGAGAGAAACACAGGCCUGGACUCCUGUGGAUUUGAGCAUGUUUUUGUUGGAGAGACAAAAUCUGGAGCAGAACUAAUUGGUUUCCACAACUGGGUCCAGUUCUACCUGCAAGAAAAAAACAGGCACUUGGACUACAAAGGAUACAAGGCCAGGCAGCACGACUUACCUGAUCAUGACGACCACGUCCUGAACCUCCAGUUCAGUUGGCACGGUUUGGUGAAGCCCGUCAGUAGCGCCUUCAUCGGGACCAGCCCUGAGUUUGAGAUGGCUGUUUACACCAUCAUCUUUCUAAUGAACACAGGGAGGACCACCACGGUGCUGGUUGACAUCGACCAGUGUCAGGUGGAGCUGGUGGUCAUCAGACAUGGACGCUCUAUUGGGACUGCAUUUCCCAAACUGCUCAGCAGCAACAACAGACAUGUCAGGCAGCGUUCCAACUGACUUCAUGCAGAUCUGAUGGAAGUUUAUCUGCAAGGAAAUGUUAUUAAUAGGAACUCCAGAGAUCCAUAAUAACUCUACAUUAAUACAUUUAAGUAAUUACUGCUUUUAAAAGAAGAGACAUAUGUUGUUUUUUAAUCUUUUUCCAUUUAUUAAUAUUAA